AUGAGCAGCCUGACGGCUACGUCGGAGGCGACUCGCGCGGCGUUAGAGGCCUUGAAGGGAAGCAGGAAGGCGGGUGGCGGCAGCGGAGAGCCGACCGAGGAGGAAGCGGCGCAGGUAGAAACGGCCGCCUCAGCCAAGGUGACGGGCACGACGGCGACGGUGGUGGGCGCCUCGGCGACGGCGGCGGGCAGCAAGAGUGCCGAGCCGAUCGCGGCAGGGGGGAUCGGCAGAAGGGACGGGGGAGAAGACGAUCGCGAUGGCGGCUAA